AGGACUGGUCAAGUAUCUGACUGAUCUAAGGAAAGAGGCAUGCGAGGUUAAAGAUCUCUACUUGUGGAGGCAUGCAAAACUGGCAGACAGACACUGUCCCCAGUAUUUUGCUCCCGACGGACUUCACCUUUCAGAUCACGGCCAUUGUUUAUAUUACAGGAGCGUUCGGGGUGCAAUCACUGCCCAUCUCCCUAAAAUAUCUUAGAUUAACGUUUGAUCCCUACUGUGGUAAGUUACCCUGUAGGGAUUGAUGUAUCUUUGUUGAUAUAUUGUUAUGUCUGUUUGGUAUUACACCCAAACCCCUUUUAGGUGAUGUUUGAACUGGAUUGCAUCCCUUGUAGAUAAUUUGUUUAUGCCUACCUUGUGUUAUGCCUACCUUACUGGCCUUUUUUAUUCGCCUAUUGGCUCGAUUUGGGGGGGGGGUUUGUCGCUAACGCUCCCUUGGCGGGUAGAAAAAAUUGUGACAAAUUGUAGAUUAGGAUAUUUCUAGUAUGUUAAAAAUAUUUUAAGAAACAAAAUGAGUGAAAAGAUGGUAUAUGCCAGGUGUAACAAUUUGAGCAAUGAUUUUUUCAUUUCGAAUCUGAACAUAGUAUGUAUUUGUCAUGUUUUAUUUUUCAUGCCAGUCAAUUAAAGUUCUAGUACUCGCACCAAAAGAUAGCGUGGAGUGAUUAUGGGUCUUAUGUUGAUGUUUAAUGGCCGAUAAGGUAGGCAUAAAUACAUUUUCGUGAAACGAAAAUAAAAAUUUAGGCCGGACGUGACGGUCAUUUUGUUUUGUUACGGCCUGGUAGGAUUUGGUAUGGCUUUAUAUAAUUUGUAAGGGCCCAAGGGGUUUCCUGAUUUGGGAUACAGGGGUCAAUCACUAAACUGAAUGUUUAUUUAGAACAGCCAAUCAGCAUUCGCAGAAGUUUCCGUUCUAGCCAAUCAACGCACUGAAAAACCAUGUGGUUGGCAUACGAAAAUUCAGCCAGUUCACAGCGCCCCUAAGAUCGAGAAGUUUGGACACCAGUUUGGUCAGGAAGAUUACUGGUAUUUGUGUCUUUUGUGCCCUCCCACCCUUCCCUGGCUGGCAUCUGGUGUCGCUUGGACUACAGUGGUAAGUUGCCCUGUAUUUUAGAUACGCCCUGUGGAAAGGGGGAAGCGGUGGAUUGAAUUUAUUAAUUUUUCUUGUGCACGUGAUAAUUUAGAAUACAGUGGUAAGCUGCCCUGUAUUUAUCAGGUUCAUUAGAUCCAGUUUGUGCAAUGGUGUGACUUGUUAGCUGUAUUUCGGUGCGAUUCACAGACUAUUAUCUGAUAUAUUGGGCAUGGAUGAUUUGAUAGGAGGGUGGCUGUGAUUAUUUGACACAGUUAUAAUAUUAUUAUUUUGCUUGAGAGAUAUUUGACAUUCUUGGCUGUGAGACAGUAUGAUCUACAGACCAUUAUCUUACAUAUUUACCUGUUAGACCUGCUAGGAGGGUUAACACAGGUUAUUUUUUAUGAUGUGAUUAUGUCUACAUAGUUUGCCUGUUGGACCCGCUAGUAGGGUUAACGCAGGUUAAUUUUGGUGAUGAGAUUAUGUCUACAUAUUUUCCCUGUUAGACCCGCUAGGAGGGUUAACACAGGUUAAUGCUGGUGAUGUGACUAUGGGUCUAUGUAUACAUUUUUACCUGUUAGACCUGCUAGGAGGGUUAAUACAGGUUAAUUUUGGUGUUGUGACUUUGUCGCACAGUCUUUCUCAUUAUUUUAAUUCCCUAAGAGGAAGCAUGACCCAAAGGUGGGUGGACUUGUUGAGUGUUAGGGAUCUAGGGUGUUGCAGUGCAUGGAGGAAGGUUGACAUACUUCCUUUUUGGUAGUUCUGUGCUUACCUUGAUUUGUCAUAAUUGAGUUGUGAGAGUCCGCCACUAAGGCAGAAAGGAUCCUUGAUGGUAAGCUGCCUAAGGAUUCCAGUGAGUAAAGUUAUGUUUGUAUUAUUAACAUCUAAGCUGGAUCAUUGUUUCAACAAUUUAUACCUUAAGCUGAAAUAUUUAUACUAUUAUUAAUGUGAUUAUAGUAUUUAUAUUGAAUUUAUUGAUAUAUAGUAUCGUGAGCGCAUAUUUUUGUAGAGAUACACUGGUUAUAUGGCCUCUUGGUCCAAGGAAAUUUCUAUAUAUUUUGCAUUUCUUUUAAUGAUCAAUUAUUAUUCUGCUCGGAGUAUUAGCGAUGCCACCAUCUGAAAGAUCUAAAAAGAAGAAAGGGAACCAGGGAGUGACAGACAACCCUCACCCAGGAAACAACAAUGGGAGGAGACCUAAUACAAGAGCAACGACCGACAGUGGGACUGCCCCCCCUGCACCACCUAGACUCCCUCCACAAAAACUGUCAUUGAAGUCGCUUCAGCAACAGUUGAAUGACCUACAGAAGAUAACAACUAGAUUAGCAGAUAAGCUGGACGCGGACAAUGUCCCUCACACAUCAGCAGUCAGCACAACUGUAACAACAACAGUGAGCAGCACUGGCCUGCUAGGUGUGCUACCAGCAGGCUCACCCAGCGUUACAAGUGCGGCGAAUCAAGGACUACUACAACAAGUCACGUCAACAAUAACAGCCACUACGUCGAGCACGAUUCCCAUAUACUCAACAAACUCUGUAUUCGGAUUGCAGCCACCAGCCCUCCUGCCUACACGGACUGAUGGACUUGGUGCUACUCUAGCAUCUAGCAUUAUGAGUACAGGUAUCAGCUCUUAUGCAGGUAACAAUUCCGCUCAGGUUCGGUCAGCGUCAGUACUGGGUGAUCUCUUGGCCAAUCAGGAUAUGGGUACCCGCUUACUAGAAGCAGGUGUUCACCUCCCGUUAGACACGGGUAUAUCUGAUGGAAUUAAGGAUAAGAUCUGGCAGGAUAAAUUCGUUGAGCUCAAACAGCUGUUGCCUAACGCACGACCUCGUCAACAAUUCAUAGUUAACCUUGAUACUCUAGCGGGUUCUCCCACAUUGACGCUGGCUAACAGUGCGGAAGAUAGGGCAAAGCAAUCGCUCACCUUAUCACAGUGGUCCAUGGCCUUCUCUAUUUACCAUUACAUAUAUAUUCAAAAGCACUUAGCGCGAAGUCCUCAGCUGAUCGCAUAUGCGCACUUGAUUCGCUCCUUGGCAGAGCGGGGUGCACAAUGGAGUAGGUAUGAUGCUCUCUUUAGGCAGCUUAGGCACGCAUCCCCAAGUACCCCAUGGGAUGUCCCGAACAUGCAGCUGUAUGUGGACGCAUUCAGUCAUGUCAAACCAACUUCUUUCACAACAAAACCCAAUCAACAGCAAAGCAAUAACAGUCUACCGUUGGGCUAUUGCUUUCGAUACCAUUCAGCUGCAUCAAACUGCUUCGCGGCAAGUUGCCCAUACAAGCACGCAUGCCCAACAUGCUCAGGAGCACACAAAAACUUCAACUGCCCGCGUAAUAGCCAGAACAGGAAUACCAACCCCCGUAAACGUUAACAAACUAGCCUUUUUUCUAGAUGGAUAUACAGAACAGGAGAAAGACUAUUUAAUUCACGGUUUUUCUGUUGGUUUUCCCUUAGAUUAUUUUGGUCCAAGAUUCCGUUCGAAACAAAAGGUAAACUUGCCCAGUUCGUCACAAUUCCCAAUCAUUCAGGAAAGAAUUCAAUCUGAACUGGAGACAGGAAAAAUUGCAGGACCGUUCAAGACAGCACCUUUUCAUAACCUUUUCUUAUCCCCCAUUUAUGCGGUGCCAAAAAAGACUCCUGGUAAGUACCGGAUUA